GUGGCGUUUAUUGACGUCAAUGUGAAAAUGGCGUCCAAUGAUGAGGACUUGUGUACAAGUCACGCAGAUUUUGCUGUAAUAUGUUCCUUUAUCGACAAAUUUGGAGAGAAGCUAGGGUUAACUCUUCCCAACAUAGGCGAGCUUCAAAGUUCAUUAGAAGACACAGAUAACGUCAGCCCUCUCGUAUCACAGUCCGUAAGUCAGUUAUUGAGACGUAUUAACAAAUCAGUGAAGUUGGACAGAUGGGAGAGAGGGCUUCAACGUUUUGCACAUAGUUAUUCUCACCAAGAUGGCUGGGAACUUGAACGUUUUGGCUUCAAGAAGGCCAAACUGGAAGUUAAGAUACGUGUUCUUAAGAACUUACUUGAAGCACAGUUUGAUAUGUAUAAGAGUUUCAAAGACAAAGUGAACCUGUUGGGUGCAAAUGAGCUGCGUCUACAGCCAUGUGGACGUGACAAAAAGGGUGUGUCAUACUGGUUUCAGUUGGACGAGUGUGCUAAUCUACGUGUGUACUGUGAUGACCAGGAUGAGGAAACCUGGACACUUGUUGCUAGCACAAGAGAAGAACUGGUGGCCCUGAUAGCCGAACUUGAUUCUGAGUCACCACCUGGGGCCAGCCGAGAAAUGUCAGUAGAUGGGAGCCACAGUGGCACUGCUACACCCAUGGGGCUGAGUGAAGCUCCAACACCAGUGGACAGUAAAGCACCAACGCCGAUUGCCAGUGGGCGAACUUCCCCUGUUUUAGACACUGGCCAAGACAAUGAGAGAAAAGAUAAACCAGAAGAAAGUAAAGAAGUUGCAACUAAGGUGGAGGUAAAUAAGAUUAAAGAAAAGUUAGAAGGGAGGAGUGAUGUACAAAAGGUGAAGGAAGAGGACAAUGAAAGGUUGGAUGUUGGUGAAAAGGUUAAAGAAAAGCUGGAAAGAGAAGAUGGCAAAGGAAUGGAUGGCAACUUAGAGAAACAGAAGUCUGGAGUUUGUGAACCAACAAAGGAAACUGUGAAAGAAGAAAGAAUAGAAAAUGUAAAUGUAGAAACAAAGGCACUGGAAAAGGUAGAGAAGUGUGUACAGAAAUCUGACAGUACACAGGACAAAUUAGACACCAAAACUAAAACAGGCAAAAACACGGAAAAACAGGAAGGUACCGAAGAAAAAAUGGAAAAUUUGAGUGGAAAGGGAGGAGGGAAUGAAAUGGUAAAGGGAAGGAUAGAUGAAAAGGAAAAGACUAGUGUAAAGAUAGAGGAGAAGGAGAAAGUCUGUGACAAGGUCAAAGAAAAAACAAAGCUAUCUGGAGUAUACGAAGGAAAAGAUAUUGCCAAGAGAAAGAUUGAAGAAAAAGAAAGCAGUGAAAAAGUGGAAGAAAAUCAACAAACCAGUAGAAAUGUUGAAGAAAAGGAAAAGGCUUCAGCAAAGGUUGAUGUCAAGCAUGAGGUUGCUGGAAAGUCAGAUGGAAAGAGUGGUAAUGAGAAGACUUUACUUCAAGUUAAGGAAAAGGAAAGUAUACCAGGGAAAACAAAGGAAAGGGAAAAGGCUCCAAUUAAAGUGGAGGAAAAGGAAAAAGCUUCAGUUAAAGUGGAGGAAAAAGAAAAGACUUCAGUAAGAGCAGAUGACAAACAAAAGACCCCAGCUAAAUUGGAGGACAAAGAAAAGACUUCAGUAAGAGCGGAGGACAAAGAAAAGACCUCUGUAAAAGUGGAAGACAAAGAAAAGACUGCAGUAAAAGUGGAGGACAAACAAAAAGCCCCUGUUAAAUUGGAGGACAAAGAAAAGACCUCUGUAAAAGUGGAGGACAAAGAAAGGACUGCAGUAAGAGUGGAGGACAAACAAAAGGCUCCUGCAAAAUUGGAGGACAAACAAAAGACCUCUGUAAAAGUGGAGGACAAAGAAAGGACUGCAGUAAGAGUGGAGGACAAACAAAAGGCUCCUGCAAAAGUUGAGGACAAAGAAAAAACCCAUAUAAAAUUGGAGGACAAAGAAAAAACUGCAGUAAGAGUGGAGGUCAAACAAAAGACUCCUGCAAAAUUGGAGGACAAAGAAAAGACCUCUGUAAAAGUGGAGGACAAAGAGAAGCCUGCAGUAAGAGUAGAGGACAAACAAAAGACUCCUGCAAAAGUGGAGGACAAACAAAAGACUCCUGUAAAAGUGGAAGGAGGAGAUAAGCCCUCUGAUAAAGUGGAGGACAGAGGGAAGACUUUAGCAUCGACUGAGGAGAAACAGAAGACUUUCACUAAGGUGGAGGAAAAGGUUAAAAGUGAAGUUAAACUGGAAGAAAGUCAGAAAAAUGAACCCAAACAUGAUGAAAAAGAUACAACUAAAACUAAAGUCGAGGACAGAGACAAAGGUAGUGGCAGUGUGGAGGAAAGGAAAAAAAUUGAUGUGAAAGUGGAUGAAAAAGAAAAGGCUGGGAAAAUGGAAGAAAAAGACAAGGCAUCUAGCUUACUGCAAGGAAAGGAAAGGACAUUGGAUAAAGUGGGUGGUAGUGGAAGUGCAAGGGAAACGGGAAAUGAGAAAGAUAAGCGUCCAGGGUUUGAGGCACAAAGGCCGCCCAGAAAGAUUCUAUGGGAAUUUUCUAAAGAACCUGUAAGUAAUGUCGAGAAAACAGAAGCUACAAGAAAAAUUUCAGAAUCUGGAAGGUCUGAUCAGAGCAGCGAAAGAAAGCGAGAAUUGUUGGCAAUGGAUGUUCAGCCAGAUGACACCACCAAAGCAAUCUGUGAAGACAUUGCUGCAAAGAGAGAGAGAGUAGCGAAGGAGAGAAUGAGUAUACAAGAAGGACAGGAUGUUAAAGAUAGGCUAAAGUUGGGUAGUUUUGAGAAAGUAGAAGUAAAAAAGAAAGAGAGUGUUUGGGAUAAGCUAAACAAGUUGAAGGAGAAAGGAGAAGCCAAUGCCCUUGAAAGAGAAUCCUCCAGCAAGGAUAAAGAAAAAAGAAUUGGUGAAACAGAGAAGAAAGAUUCUGAAAUGUAUAAAAAAGAAAGUAACAGCAAACAAAGCUCUAAUGAUCCUCAUCAGAUUACCAGCACAAAGUCAGGACAUGAAGUAGCAAAGUUAGGAAUAGAACAAGGUAAAGCAGUGAGUACAGAAGAUAAAGAAAAAAACACACAGAAAGAUCCACUUGAUAGAAAACCUUUUAAACAAGAUGAAAAGGUACCGGUAGUACAGGCUGCUGCAACAACAGAACCAGAAAGACCAGCAUUUAAGGUUAGUGAUUCUACACAUAGAGGACAGGAAGAGAAAAUAAAGGAAAAGUCAGAAUUAUCAAAACCUGUUGUCUUGCCCACAGGUGCAGAAAGGGAUUCAUCAGGAGAUGGAUCUAAGACACAAAGAGUUAGUUCACCAAGUUCUUCUGUUUCUGACAAGUCAGCAGCUGGUCCUGUUACAAAAUCUCUAUCAACUCCUUAUAGCAAACUACCCCUCAGUAGUCCAGUGCCAUCCAUAAAAGAUAGUGAUACUUCAGAGCCUCCUCAAAAGAAAUUAAAAGUUACAGAUAUUAAAUCACCUGAAUCUCACAAAGAAUCCCUGAAAGUGGAACAUAAAUUUUCAUCAGAUGUGCGGCAUCCACAGCAGGAACUUACGGGAAUUAAAAAAGAUGCUGAAACAAGUUCUACUGCCCAGGUGAAAGUAGGAAAGGAAACUGGUGGAUAUAUGAAAAAAGAUGAUAAUCUCAAAAUCACAGACUCUUCAAAAACUGACCAGAGUUCUUCAGGCACUGGUAAGGAGAAAAUGAAAAUAGAAACCAUUGCACAGGUGGGAGUCAAAGAAGAGAAAAUGCCCAGUACUGGAACUACAUCUGGCAAGAAGGAAGAAGAUAAAAAUCAGACUUUGCCAGUGAGCGACCCCCAAAAAUUGAAUGAGAAACCGGGUGAUAAGAGUGGGGAAUCUACAGGUUUGGUGAAGAUUACCACUGUUAAGGAUACCAGUGCUAAAGGAGCUGCUUCUGUAGAGACAAAAAUGGAAGUACAACAUGGUGCUAUGGAUGUGAGCAAGCAAACAAAACCUGCAGAUAAACCACCUGUUAGGGAAAAGAUGGUAUUAGCAGAAGGUGAAAAAAUGGACAUUGGAUUGAAUACACAUAAAGAUCUUGGUCCUUCAAAGACAUCCAUGAAAGAGGAAGUAAAGGAACCAUCAACAGACACGUCAAAAAGGAAACUUGAGAUGGGUAACUUACCAGAGAGCAAGGUACCACGAAUUUCUGAGCCAGCAUCACAAACUUCAGUGAAAAGCUCUGUUACUCAAGACAGGGAAAUGAAACAUCCUCUAAGCCAAGCAACAAAAGACUCGCAGAUGAAGAAUGUGUCAAAAGUACCAGUAGAUAAAAUGGAAAUUGACAAGGUAUCUGACAGAGAGAGCCCCAAAUCAAUUAGAUUAAGACAAGAGGAAGGGGAAGGUAGUUCAAAACCAACGAAGACAACACAGGAAGUAGGGGGAGAUAGUUCAAAAUUAGCCAAGUCAAAACCGGAAAUUGGGGGAGAUGGCUCAAAAUCUGUCAAUGUGACAAAGGAAUUAGAAGGAAAUAAGUUGCCCUCAACCAAGACUGGACAGGAAGUAGAAGGAAAUAAGUCACAAUCAACCAAGACUGGACAGGAAGUAGAAGGAAAUAAGUCACAAUCAACCAAGAUUGGACAGGAAGUAGAGGGAAAUAAGUCACAAUCAACCAAGACUGGACAGGAAGUAGAGGGAAAUAAGUCACAAUCAACCAAGACUGGACAGGAAGUAGAGGGAAAUAAGCCACAAUCAACCAAGACUGGACAGGAAGUAGAGGGAAAUAAGUCACAAUCAACCAAGACUGGACAAGAAGUAGAGGGAAGUACGUCACAAUCAACCAAGACUGGACAGGAAGUAGAGGGAAAGAAGUCACAAUCAAUUAAGACUGGACAGGAAGUGGGGGAGGCCAUUGAAGAACCAUUGAUGUUGAUAAAGGGUGAUGGUGAGGGUGCAUCCUGUCAGGCAGGAAAUCCCCUGUAUGAUAGAGACAAUAAUGAAUCCAUAUUUGACACUCGAAAACCUUGGUGGGAAUGUUUUCAUGAAAGUGACAAUACAAGAAAACAUCAAGUCGAGGAGGCUGUGGAGGAAGAUGUGAUGUACUUCUGGGGGGAGGGUAAUGGUGUUGACUGUGACGCUGGUAAUAACGGUGAUGAAACGGAAAAAAGUGCCGAAACUAAACAGGCAGAAGGUGGUGGAAGUGGUACUGACAAACAAGGAAAUGCGGCGCCAAGUGAUCGUAAGCCACAAAAAGAAGUGGAGGGUUUAAGAACUGAGGGUGAUUUCAAAGAAGUUGAUGGGGUUUCAGAGAGUGAUGAAGCUAAAGUGAAUGGUUUAAGAACUAUAGAAUCUGUUGAAAAGACAGAUAAAUCGUUAUCGCGGCAAAAGCCGGAAAGUCUAUCAGAUAAUAAGCACUCGAGUGUUAAUGGAAAGAAGGUUAACGAGGAGAACAAUGUUUGCAAUGAUAAGGAUGAUAGCAAAUCUCCUCAAGGCAAUGAAAAAGAUGGUAAAAUUGAGGAUAAAAAUAAUAAACAGAGUGAGACUCAUGAGAAAGGAAAUGAGGAACAGUCAAUUAAUAACACUGAAUUUAAAGAAAGGGAGGAAAAUGUUGAUGUUGCCAGUGGUGAUAAACCAUCACCUGAUAAAGGAAAAGUAAAAGAACUCAGAAAAGAAAAAGAUAAUUCUAGUAAAGUGAAUACUAAAAGCAGAACUGGGAGGCAUAGAAAGGGACAAGAAAAUGAUGGAAGUGAUGAUGAUAAAGAGGAAAGGCAUGAGGAAAGUAGUAAAGAGGAGGAAGAUGAAGGUGAUGAAGAAGAUGAUGAAGAAGAUGAUGAUGAAGAAUCUGCAUCAACAAGAAGAGGGCGAAGGCGAUCUUUGGGUCAGGAGAGGGGUAGUGGCAGGGGAAGAGGCCGACCACAUAAGAGGCAGCAGCCUCAAGGCAGUGAUGGAGAGGAUGAGAAUGAAGUAGAACAUGAUGAAGAUAUUGAAGAAGAAGAGGAAGAAGAAGAGGAGGAGGAGGAUGGAUUGGAUGGUGAUGAAGAUAAAAAUAAAACCCCCGUUCCUGGAAAGAAGCGAAGGCAGCGUGGCAAAGGGAGUACUGCAAGACCUCUACCAGAUGUCCCUAGACAGAGGUCUGUCCGCAUUGCAAAAAUCCGGGAGAAGGAGGAACAAGAGCGGAGGCACCUUGAAGCAAUGAGAUUAAAACAACUUGCUGAAGAGAAUCGUCUUCGAGAGCUCAAGAAGAAAGCCAGAGAGGAAAGAAGGUCACAAAGAGAAAUGAAGAAAGGAAGAAGAGAAAAGAAAGAAAAGAAGGAGAGGGAGAGAAGAAAGAGGAAAAAGAAGAAGCGUGGGAAGAGAAGGAAAACAAAUCCCAGUGAUCCAUGGGCUCAUUCAUCUACAUCAUCCAGUUCCAGUUCUGAGGAGGAGGAGGAAGAGGAUAUGGAUGAUGAAGAGGAAGAAAAUUUGAUUUUUAAGAGUGAUCAUGAAUUUUCUCCUGAGUCCGACAUAGAGGAAGCUGAUGCUCAGCCAAUAAAGAGAGCACGAACAGCUAAGAAAGUUACUACAGAAAGUGAAGAAGAGGAUGAAGAUGAUGAGGAAGAGGAGGAGGAAGAGGAUCAAACACAGUGUACGAAGUGUGGCCAUGAUGAUCACCCCGAAACUAUUUUAUUGUGUGAUAAUUGUGACGCUGGCUGGCAUCUCUCCUGUCUGCGGCCGCCUCUUCUUAGUGUUCCUGAGGGAGACUGGGUGUGCCCAACCUGUGAACAUGUACAACUUGUAAAUAAAUUACAAGCUCUUUUACAUGAGUUUGAUGAGUGUCAGAAGAGAGCACAUAAUGAAGAACUAAGAAGGCAAAGAAUUGCAUAUGUCAAUGUGUCUCUCUCUAAUGUUCUACCAGACGGGAAAAAGAAAAAGAAGAAGAAGCACAGAGGUGGUGAGGAAGAUGAAGAUGACGAUGAUGAUGAUGAUGAGUCAGGGUCUGAUUCUGAUUCAGAAGAUUCCGACAGUGAGACUGAUGACAGCAGUGGAUCAUCAAGUCAGUCCUCUUCAGACUCCACAGCACCACUGUACACUUUAAGAGCGCGCAGUUCACGCACUCUCAAAGAACAAGUGGAAGACUUUGAUGAGAUGAUCAAUGAGGCCAUACGAGAUGAAAUGGAAGCUGCUGCCGGCGCUGGAAAUGCUGGAAGAGGGAAAGAUAUAGAAAAUAUUAUUCAGGCAAAUGAUGAAGAAAUGGGGGAAGAAAAAGAACCUAAAUAUGAAGCACAGGAUGAAGGAGGAGUAGAGGAGGAGGAAGGGGAGAAAGAUGAGAAUGCAUUGAACGAAAAAAAAAUAGAAGAUAACAAAAAGGAAGAUGAUGGAGAAGGAAAGAGAGAGAGAGAAGGCGAUGAUGACGAUGAUGAAGACGUUGCUCCCAAAAGAAAGAAACCAAAGCCGGCGGAGAAGGGAUCAAAGGAAAGUGGUGACGAUGAUGACUACAAAGAAAGUGAAGGGCAAAAUGAAGACGAGUCAGAAUCAGAAGAUGACAUUAAAAGCUCAAGGAAGCGGGAACGAAAGGUUGUGAAUAUUACUAUUAAAAAGAGGAGACGACUCACAGACCUUGAUGCUGAGGACGAUGAUGAUGCCAGUGAUGAGGACUUUAUGAACACAAGUGAGGAGGAGGAAGAGGAAUCUGAGGAGUCUGCAGAGUCUUCAUCAUCUAUUGACACUGAAAUGGACAGCGAUGACUCAGAUGUUGUAGGAGGGAAACGACGCAGAGGCGGUAGAUGGGAUACCCUCCCACUCCGCCGGUCAGCUCGUAACAGAAGGGCUGAUGACGAAGACAGUGACAUAGAUGAGAGAUAUCUUAAAAAACAAAUGAAAAAGAAGAAGAAGAGACGAAGACAAAGUUCAAGUGAAGAGGAAGAGGAAGAAAUAAGUUCAGAUAGUGAAAGGAGUUAUAAGAGGAAGAAGAAAGUGACCCGAAAAAAGAAACCACCAGCAAGAUCCAAAGGAAAAAAGGGCAGCAAGGGUAAAGGUGGAAAGAAACAAGGAAAGUCAAAACCCAAACCCCAAAAAGAAACAGGAGAGGAUGGAGAAGAGGAGAAGAAACCUUCAAAACCUAGAAUCAAGUACUCAAAACCUCCAAAACCUAAAACAGAAGAUCGCGAUGAGGAGGAAGUCACUCAACGUAGAGUUACCAGAGGCAGACAAGUUAACUAUUACGAUGCUCUUCUUAUGUCAGAUGAAACAGAAGAAGAAGAGCCUGCAAAGAAAUGGAGAGGGAAGGUGAUGAAGGGUGAGCGCGUCCCAACAGAAAGCAGCGAGUACGAAGCAUCAGACGACGAGAGAAUGAAGCGUCGAGGAGUCAGUGGUGGUCUUGGGAGAGGCAAGGUCAUGAAAGGUGAAGAGGAAGAUGAGGAAAAUAAAUCUGCAAAGGCAAAGAAAAAACGGGGACGACCAAAGAAAGGUGAUGAACUUAUUGGCAAACCUUCUCCACCUAUGUCUAUCAAACUCACAGAGUCCACACCAUUAUCAUCAGCACCAUCUGUGCCAUCUGAAUCAGCUAUACCUGUACCUGUUACAACAGCUGCUGUAGCUGCUUCUGUUACACCAGUUGUAACUGCUGUUCCUGUUACACCAGUGGUGACAGUUGCAUCCAUUGCACCUACAGUACCUAUUGCACCUGCUGUUGUUUCACCUGUACAUAAAACUCCAGAGCCUGCUGUUGGUACACCACCUUCUACACCAGCACCUGUUACUACAAGCAAAGGGUUACCAGUUAAUAUUGGAGCCACAGCAAACAUAGGAAGUAAUAGCCCAGUACAUCAGCCUUUGGGCAAAUGGUCUCCACACUUAUCAGGAGUGAGUGGAGCCCCAGGCACACCUCCAAGACCAGGUGUAGGUACUGGACCUACACCAGGUGCAGGCACACCACCACGCCCACCACUUUCUUGUCCACCUGUAACGCCAUCACCACCACCACCUUAUCGUUCCUCACCAUUACCUAUAACACCAGGUGGCCCACCAUGUAGUACAGCACCUAGUAAUAUGCCACCUGUAGGACCCCCAACCACCUCUUCAACUCAUUCACCUGGUUUUCCACCAUAUAGACCUGCACCAGAACUUUUUGCAGCUCAUCCAGCUUUCCCUGGAUAUGGACCUACAGGUAGACAUUCUCCCAGUCCUCAUGGAGUUCCUCCUAGACACUCAGCCCACAUGCCACCAGGACACUCGCUUCCUCGCAUGCCAACCAACUAUGGCCCACCACCACUUACUAGUGGACCUGGACAAGGGCCAUAUUCCUCAAGAGGAAUUCCAUCACAUCCAGGAGUAUUACGAGGUCCUCCACAUGACUUAUACAGGCCAACCCCUGGUGGUCUUACAGGUCAUGGAUCUCCCAGUCAUCCUGGUCACCCCCAUCUUGUUAUGAAAGCUGGCUAUCCUGGAUUAGAACCCCUACCUUAUGCUGGUUCACCUGGUCCAAGCCCUCUAGGUUUACAUCAAGGAUCCCAAGGAUCGCCAGCACACCAAUCACCUAAUGAAGACAGUAAAGAGGACACUCAUCCUUCUGGUAAGGGCCCUGGAGAAUUCAGUAGUGGCUUAAUGUCCUACUUCUCUAGCCAACGUGAUGAUGAUAUUGAGUAAUGGUGUCUAAAUUAUGGCUUGAAGCAGCAACUCUUUUUGUGGCAGUUUCAUGAAGGACUUGUAUUUACUCCCUAAUAUUUUUGUAUUCUCAUUUUAUAAGGUCUCAAGCAAUGGCGCAUGUUACAUGUUGACAAUUCUCAUACAUAAUGGGUGUAAACAUCAUUGAACAAAUUUUCCUGGGAGGUCUCUUCCUAAUCAGGAUUAAUGAAUUUAUUUUAUGGGUUGAAGCACAAAUUGGGUUUCUUGCUGUUAAGGUUUUGAGACCAGUCAUUUUACCUGAGAUAAAUUAUUAGAACUGCAGAGAUAUUUUAGAUAUGAUUUUUUGUGUCUCGUAUGUGUUGUAGUGCUGUAUAUAGAAGCUUUUUGUAUUUCCUUAAAAGGAUUCUGUAAAAUAAUGUGCAAAGUUACAAAGCUAUAAUAAAACUAGAAGAAAU